AUGACGGUGUUUAUCGCAUCCCUAUUCCUUCCGUACACCAUUGACUUUAAGUCGACGGGCUUGAAGAGUUCAAGUACUCGCCGUCGCAAGUCUUCUCCCAGCUACUCUGCCGUUGAUGGGUCCGGGCCAUUGCCCAUCGUUGGACGACUGGCUGGUGUCCGCAAGACUCGGCAAAGGUCCUCAAGCUUUGAAUUGACACCCGGAGCAACCACUGAGAAUGAAAAGAUUUUCAAAGCCUAUGCUUCGCACUCCGCGGGCGAGAUCCCGAUUGCUGAGGAACCUAACGGUCCUGGCCCUAAUGAACCACGUGCGGUACCCUGGGGUCAGAGUCGCAAGUUCAAUCAGCCUCGUUCCAAGGCCACAACUCAUCCUGAGCCAUCUAUUGUCAGUCGCCCGGGCUCACGACAAGGAUCGAAAGAGUCGGCUUUUCUGACUGGCGGGAUUAGUCUUCCUGCCGUACCAACAGAAUUAGGCAGCCCUCGUGUACUCCUCUCGCCCGAGGAUUGGGUUGUCAAGGCAGCAGAGCAAGGCCAUGGCGGUCUUCAGAACGCGAUUCUUGCCGCUGAAGAAGCAGGUAUCCUUGAAAAUAAGAUGUGGGUGGGGACGCCAGGGAUGCCCACCGACUCUUUGACAGAUAUGACUCGGAGCCUCAUUGAUGAGACUCUUAGGGACGAGUACGAGUCCUUGACUGUUUUUGUAGGCGACAGUGAGUUUGAAGGUCAUUAUGCACAUUUCUGUCGCUCUGUGCUCUGGCCCGCGCUUCAUUAUCAGAUGCAAGAGACCCCUCGUCAUACCGACUAUGAUGACUACUCUUGGAAACAGUAUUUGAAAGUGAAUGAAGCCUUCGCCACUACCAUUGCAAAUCACUGGCGCCCGGGUGAUACCAUCUGGGCUCAUGACUACCAUCUUCUUGCCCUACCUGCUCUACUGAGGAAGAAACUGCCACGCGCCAGAAUAGGAUUCUUCCUACACUCGGCCUUCCCUUCAUCGGAGGUCUUUCGUUGCUUGAAUUCACGAGAUGCAUUACUGGAUGGUCUCCUCGGCGCAGACUUGAUCGGUUUCCAGACAGAAGAGUACUGCUAUCACUUUAUUCAUUCAUGCAGUCGGCUUCGAAGAUUGCAAGUGUCCGUCGACGGUGUACAAGUCAACGAUCGGUUUGUGCACGUUAAGAACUACCCGCUGGGGAUCGACUAUCAGUCUCUCAAUGUGUUACGCCAAUCUGUCGAAGUCAGAGAUUGGAUCUCGGAUAUUGGUGAAAGGUACAAGGGGAAACACUUGAUCGUGGCUCGGGACCGUCUUGAUGCGCCUGGUGGUAUCAAGCAGAAGCUCUUAGCAUAUGAGCUCUUUCUGGAAAGUUAUCCCAAAUGGAGAGAUAAUGUGGUUCUUGUUCAGGUCGCAUCUUCGGCAUCAGAGAUUCCAGAGCUCGAAGCACAAGUCUCCAAAGUGGCAAUGAGAAUCAACUCCGUAUACUCAAACCUGACACAUUCUCCGUUGGUUCUCUUGAAACAAGACAUCAGUUAUUCUCAGUUGCUUGCACUUUUGAGUGUAUCAGAGAUAUACAUGGCCACGAAUCUCCGUGAGGGAAUGAAUCUUACCAGCCACGACUUCAUUCACUGUCAAGACGGCCAGCUCGUCUCCCAGAGACACGGAUCCCUCAUAUUGAGCGAAUUUACCGGCAGUGCCUCCAUUUUUCACGGCCAUGAGCUCAUCGUAAACCCCUGGGAUUACAAACAGUGCGCCGAUGCUAUGAAUACCGCGCUCGAGAUGUCUCCAGAACGAAAGCGGCACAAUUGGGAGUUCCUCUUGAAUCGCAAAUCCCCAUACACAGCAACUGCAUGGUACACAUUUUUACAAAAUGCACUUACCGAAGCCCGUAGCAUGCAACCGUCCCGCGAGACACACGCCGUCACUCCUCUCCGCCUCGACAAACUCCAGCACUCAUAUCACUCAGCUCACAAACGAGUCCUCUUCCUCGAAGACGGCGCCACUUUCACCCCGGACAAAUCCUACCCCUCCACAGAAGCAACUGACCUUAUCCAAGCUCUAGUCCUCGACCCAAAGAACACAGUCUAUCUAACUAGCACCAACAGUCCAGAUCAACUCGACCGAGCCACGAAAUCCCUCCCAUCCUGCAUCGGUCUAAUCGCCGAAAAUGGCUGCUUCGUUAAACUCAGUACACGAUUCAGGCUCUGUCACGCCUCAGCUCUAUCAAAUAAUUCUGGAUUGGAAUCAUGGGAAUCCCUCGUCGACGUCGAAGGCACAAGUGACUGGCGCGCCGGAAUUCGCAAGGUAAUCGAAUAUUUCCAAGAACGCACAGAAGGAAGCACUAUCGAAGAACGCCGCUGCACACUAACAUUCGACUACAAACAUGCACUUGAUCAUGAAAUCGCUGCACAACAAGCCUCUGAGCUCGCCGAUCAAAUCAACGGCGCACGCGGCAGUGGAGCUAUCCGUAUCGUGCGGGAUGCUGUUGCCGUCAGCGUUGAGCCUCUAUACGCCUCUAAGGCUGCGGCGGCAUCUACCUUGCUAGAUAGACUGCCAGCCGAGGAGACUGCGGACUUCAUCUUUGUGGCGGGUGGGGGGCGUGGAGACGAGAGCUUGUUUCGGUGGGCAAAUUGGUUGAGGCGUGUGCCAGUUGGAAAUGGGGUGCGUAACGGUAGUGCGAAUGGGAAUGGGAACGGGAAUGAGAACGUUAAGGGAGGUAUCUCUGGGGCUCGGACAGUAACCACUCUUGCGGCUGGUACGCAUGCUACUGAAGCGAGUGCAGUAUUACCGAGUGGAAUGUCGUUGUUGGAUGUGUUGAGGCUGUUGGCCUUUCCGCAUGUUGUCGAUGUGGCUUCGAGAUGCAAAGAUCUUGAAACGUAG